AUGGAUGCCUUUGCCAAAGACAUGACUUCGGUCUUGUAUGGCAAUCCCCACUCCGGAUCAUCACCAUCUCAACUCUCCUCAUCACGGAUUGACCAAGUGCGAGUCCGUCUGCUGGACUUCUUCAAAGCCGACCCUGAUCAAUAUGACUUGGUCUUUGUGGCAAAUGCAACUGCUGGCGUGAAGCUGGUGGUUGAGGGCAUGAGGUCUUUGCCUGGAGGCUAUGUCUUUGCCUAUCAUCAAGCUUGCCACACGAGCGUGAUAGGGGCAAGAGAAGAAGCACACCAGAGCGUCUGCCUCGAUAACACGGGAGUUCGGUCUUUGUUAGACGGGGAGGAUCCGUUCAAGCCAACCACUUCUGGCACCCCCGCAAGAUUAUUUGCCUACUCGGCUCAGUCUCAUAUGGACGGGAGGCGAUAUCCAUUAUCGUGGGCUAAGGAGUUGAAGAAGAUGGAAGCCCAAUCAUCGUCUCGGACGUUGACGCUCCUGGAUGCGGCUUCACUCAGUGCCACCUCACAGCUCGACCUUUCAGACCCUCAAUUCGCUGCUGACUUUGUUGUGUCAAGCUUAUACAAGAUAUUUGGAUUUCCUGACUUGGGUGUUCUAAUUGUUCGUCGCUCUGCUGAAUUUGUAUUUGACCAGCGAAGGUAUUUUGGUGGCGGCACGGUAGACGUGGUGCUCUGCGGCGACGAACAGUGGCAUGCUCCCAAGUCUUAUUCUCUUCACGAACGCCUGGAAGACGGCACGCUCCCCUUUCAUAAUAUCAUUGCUGCUGACAUAGCAAUAUCGAUUCACCAGCGGCUUUUCGGCUCCAUGGAUCAGAUCAGCGCUCACACGGCAUAUCUCAGUCGCGAGCUAUGUCGUGGCCUGCACAGUUUACGACACGCAAACGGGAUCCCUGUUUGUCACAUUUAUUCCGAGACACCAGAUGAUGCGGCACCUAUCGAAACUGGCCCAGUCGUUUCCUUCAACAUCAGAGACAGUCGAGGUUUAUGGAUUGGCCUUGCUGAAUUUGAAAAGUUGGCUAUCUUGAGAAAGAUGCAUGUCAGAGUAGGGGGCGUGUGCAGCCCUGCUGGCCUUGCAUCUGCUCUCGACUUACAGCCCUGGGAAAUGAAACGAAAUCUCUCCGCCGGAAUUCGAUGUGGCGAGGAUAGUGGGCGAUUCACCAACAAACCCACGGGGAUUAUACGUGCUAGUCUGGGCGCAAUGAACACCAAGUCGGAUGUCUCUCGUUUCCUUGCUUUCGUACAAGAGUUUUUUGUCGAAGAGGAAGUGCGAGCACUGACCCAAUUCAGCCCUACGAGAGCUGUUGAUGCUACGACAAACAUUCAAGUCAAGACUAUCACGGUAUAUCCAAUUAAGAGCUGCAGUGGCUACACUAUCCCAUCAGGGGUUCGGUGGGAGGUACGGCCAGAGGGGCUUGCCUGGGACCGUGAAUGGUGUUUGGUCCACCGAGGAUCAGGCCAAGCUCUCAGCCAGAAACGCUAUCCGCGAAUGGCCUUAUUACAACCCUUGCUUCUGUUCGGCGACAAUGUUCUACGUGUGAAAUACCGCGGGAGCACGCCAAAGGGGCAGCCUACACAGGUGGACAUACCACUAUCCAGCGAUCCCUCUCAUUUCGACAUUGACUUCCGACAAACAAGCUCCAGGGUUUGUGGAGAAAAUAUUUCCGCGCAGUCAUAUCGAUCUAAAGACAUCAAUGACUUCUUCACCAAUUCACUCGGAGUCCCAUGCAUGCUGGCGCGGUUUCCAGCAGGAGGCCGUGGGGCUAGCAGCAGACAGUCAAAGGCUAGGAUACAGAAGCAUCAGCGAACAGAAAAGACUCACAGCGGACAGCCUUCCCCAUUCCCCGGUGUUCCAUCUCCCCCCGACUCGGAUUCUGAACAGCAAAGCCAACCAGGGAAGAUCCUCCUUUCCAAUGAGAGCCCCAUUCUCAUGAUAUCUACUUCUAGUGUGGAGAUGCUCAACCAAACCAUCAUGGAGACUGGAGAGUCUCCUGUGGAUGAAUCAGUGUUUCGAGCGAAUAUCGUCGUUGAGGCGUCUCCGGGGCAGCGUAGUCGCCCGGCUUACUCAGAAGAUAUGUGGAGGAGAAUUAGCAUUGGAAACUACAGCUUCAAACUACUAGGAGCCUGCCAGAGAUGCCAAAUGGUAUGCGUUGAUCAAACGACUGGGGAGAGAAGGCAAGAACCAUUUGUCACCCUGGCAAAAACAAGGCGGCUAAACGGCAAAGUCUAUUUCGGUACACACAUGCAGCAUGAGCAGCUUAGGCAAAGCGAGGAAUUGGAUGGUUUGUGGCCCACAAUACAGGUUGGCGAUGCGGUCGUCGUGCAGGAGGAGGAGGUAGAAGAGGAGGACGGAGAGAAGACUCCAGGCGCUGGUAGCCCGGAUGCGAUAUUUUGAGAAAUACAAGAAUAGAACGACUCUAACAGAGUACUCCGUACAUGGAUAUGAAUAUGCUAUCGG